AUUGCCACCGCAUUAAUCUGAUCAGUAGGAGCGAAAAUUGUUAUUUGUGAAUACAUAUUUCUCUUUGGGAGUGUCAAAGCCAAGUUAAUUAAAAAACUAAUUUAAAUUCUCGUGAGUUACUCCUUCUACUCAGACAUAGUAUUUUCUGAUAUACAAUGGCAACUGUAACGGUAUCAGCAACUACAACUACGAAGGUAUCGCCAAACAUUCGGUUUGAUCCCAGUUAUGCCAAAACCAUACCUGGAAUACUCAAAAUAGCACAAGCAGUUGUCAGUUUGAUUGGUUUUAUCUGCAUACAAAUGGCGAGUGGUGAUUAUUAUUCACGUUCAGCAAGUGGUUGGUUUAUAUUUGUUGCCAUGACUGCAUUUUGGGUGGUUCUAGUUCUUCUUGUAUUAUAUUUGUUCCAUAUCAUUGAAAAGUUACACUGGAUUCCUUGGUUGCUUGGCGAAUUGGGAUUUACUGCUCUGUGGACUGUGUUUUACUUCAUUGCAGCUUGUGUGGUGGUUGCCAAAGCUGGGGAAGAUGCAGGUUGGGGAGCUGGUGCUUUCUUUGGCUUUGUUGGUAUGGCUCUGUUUGGCUAUGAUGCUUUCACAAAAUAUAAAUUAUGGAGGUCAGGAGCUAUUGCGCAAGGUGAACGAACAACUACUACCAGCACAUCUCCAACACCAACUGGCCCGAGUUACCCUACAUACUAAAAAAGAGCUUUUUUUUUUCUCUUUUGGAUCAAACCUGUUCUCUGGCUGUAACCAUUUAAGUACACAUCUAUAACUGUGGGAUCUUCAUUUCUUGUUCAAUUGUUAACUCUGGUUUUUUGUUAAAUGCAUUUUAUGAUUUAUUUUGUCAGACUGUAAAUGUUUAACAUACUAGUGUUAGAUAUAGUUGAUUAUUUUUUGUUACUUAUUGUUCUAACCGUAAAUGUGUACAAAACUCUCUUGGACUGCCUGUAUUGCCAGUAACUAGCUAAGCUCUAUUUAUUUUCAGGUUUAAAUGUCAAUGCAGUUAUUAUUAAUAAUUUUUUUAUUUUAAAUGACAAUUUUUUUUUUUUUUUUUUUUUUCUUUCAACUGAAAACCACUUUUUAUUGAAAAUUACAUUUAUUGAGUUUACAUUUCUUAAAUGUUACUUUUAAUUGCAGUUUAAUUCAGUGCUCAGGGAUAAAAGUAUUAUAGAUGUAAUAAAGUAAAAUAGAUAUUAUUUAAAAAAAUAUCUUGAAUCCAGAAUUUAUAACUUAAUGAUCUCAGUUUUUUAUCAAAAUAAGAAAGAAAGAAAGGGGAAUUGGCUCUGAGAAUUUCAUAUUUUAGAGUAAAAGUAAUGGAAAUGUUUACUUACUAAAAUAAAUCUUUUGAAAAAAGAUCUUUUAAAAUUAACAUAUUUUGUAAACUCAUUUAAUUAUUUUAUAUGAAAUAAAUAUUUUAAACAUUAAAGAUGUCAUUUUUAAGAUCGUAAUUUUUGUAACAAUUUUGACAAAAAUAGAAUAAACAUUAAAUUUUCUACAAAAUAUUCUUUGAAAUUUUUAGCAAAACGUCUUUGCCAUCCUUCAGUGAUAUUUUAUGGGCUGCCAUAUGUGGUUUGAAUAAAUGUUUUUGCAUUCUUGUUUGCUGUGCAUAAUUGUGUACAUUUUCAACCAUUUUGAAGGAAAUUUACUUUUUACUCAAUCUUUUAAAUUGUGAAGAAAUGUUUGCCAUGUUUAACAAAUAUAUAUUCUUUACUUUUUCCUCAUCUAACUGUAAAAAUUAUAUUUUUAUUCCAAUUGCUGUUGAAUAUUGAGGAAUGUUUUUGUAUUUCUUUUGUAGAACUCUGGGAUCUAAGUUUCAGAGUGUGAUUUAGUAUUACAGCAAAUUGGGAUUUUUAAAAUGUGGAUCUGAGUAAUAUUUUAAUUAUGAACAUAUCAUUUGAUAUAUUUUACAAAUUUAAAUUGGCCUGAAGAAUUAUGAAAUAAAAAUUAUAUUUUCGGAAAAUCCAUUUAAUAAAAGCAAAGAAAAAGGUUCAAAAUAGGAUUAUUCCCUUAACAUUUUACAGUUUCCCACCCAUUUUUUGUAAUACUUUGCUCUUGAUAUAUUUAUGCACGUUUAUAUGUAUAUAUUUGCUUAAAAGAUUUUAUAUAGAUAUAUAUUUAAACUUUACAUUGAAUCUUUAUAUAUAAGUGUUUCACAAAUUGCAUGGAAUAUUUUGCAAUAAACAGAUUGCCUUAUUGCAAAUAUUUAGUACAAUGAUAGAUUGUUUUGUUAUAUAUAUAUAUUAUACAUAUGGAUAUACAAAUAAUAGUAUUUAAAAGAACAUGACAACAUUCCAAUGACACAAUAUUUGUUAAAAGUUAAUUGUGAUAAAGCAGUUGUGGCAUUAAAUUUAUUUGAAAAUUUGAUACAUGUUAACAGUUUUAAUAAUUCAGCAUAUAAAUAUUAUAUAACAAUGUAGUAAAAUCGAAAAUAAUGCAUGUUUUUUUUGGGGUUUUUUUUUGUAUUGCAGUAUUAUAAGAGUGCUUGGGGUUGUUAUUGAAUUUAUUAUUAUAAAAGGGAGGUUGUGUAUCCACCAAAUGAGUGUGCUACUUAGGUUUUGUGUUGAAUAAUUAUUUAUUUUUAACUGUUGUGAGUUUUCAGUGACUUCUGUUUAGCACAGAAGACUAUUAUAUCUUUAUAAUUUUGGAACUUCCAAUUAAUAAUCUGUGAAAGAAUUUUAAGAAAAGUGCAUAUUUGCAUUAAUUCAUGAGAUUUUGUUCAAAAAAACUUUUUAUCUAAUUUGGUACAUAAUUUAUCUAAGUAUUUUAAUUUUAAACAUAUUUAUAUUAUGAGAUUUAUUUUAUGUAAAAAUAAAUACUUUACUUUUUAAUGUUUUGCUGUUAAUUUUUAGAAUUGCUUGCAUUUUUACCAUUGCUUGCAUUUUGUUUUGAUGAUUUUUAUAAAUAUAAACUAAACAUAAAUUCACUAAGAACAGUAAUUGUAAAUUAAGUGAACUUAUUUACUCCUUCUAUUUAUUAACUAAUGUAUCGGGUUAAUUUAGAUUAAGAUUACAUACAAUAUUAUGAGUUGGAAAUAAAAAAUAUUGAGGAAACAAGAGUUAAAAAGUUGCUUGUGUCUUUACAAAAAUUCUGUUAUAUCAUUGGCAUAGAGGAGAAAUUCAUUAAUGGAUUUAAAAAUUAUUGAAUAAUUAUUAGUCUUUUCAAAAGUACAAAAACUGAUGUUGAUAAAUGUGGCCAAGUUAAAUUAUAUAUUUCUAUUUAAAGAAAAAGAAAGGGAGGAGGCAAAUAUCAUUUAAUGAAUUUCUUCUUGUUUUCAAUUUAUGUAUAUAAACGAAUAUUUUAAAUGCAUCACUAAUAUAAUCUUUCUGCAGUUGUAUUUGUAAAGAAAGCAUAGCUUUAAUCCUAGUUAUGUGAAUACAGAGAUCUACAUAUAGAAUAUGCAUGCUCAUAAUUUAUGUAAGCAUUGUAUUUGUAAUUCUAUUAAAAAUAAAAUAUUCAGUUUAAAAAAUU